AUGCGGCCGCCCGUCAACCACAUCCUCGACCUUCCAGUCCAUGUCAUCUUUACCCUCAAAGAGUUCCUUCGAGGCCAAGACAUCAUCCUGCUAUCACUCACAUGUAAGGAUCUCCGCCGUCUUAUGAUACAGAGACCCAACCAGACCCUUAGUCUCGCCUUGGAUAUCGUUCCAUCCAGACGGGAAAAAUACCACAUGCUGCUGGUGCGCGACUGUUACACACAUUGGGUAUGCCACGCAUGCCACCAGCUGCGCACUGUCUUUGAAAUGGACCUUCCCGGAUGCCCCGUUCACAUCACCUGGCGACGGAUAUGCUAUAAGGCUCACUGCCAUACACCAGCUGUCGCCGGCCCCUUCUCGACCGUGGGUGCGGCCGGCUUGGCUUUUCAUCACAUUCAAAUUGCCCUCCGCUACCAGCGCCUCAUCAAAGCCGGCGUCCCGGACACUAUGCGGAUGAGACGGGCAGUACCAGACACCAUCCGCCUUGUACACCAGGACGCCACUCUGUCGCCCGUCCGCAUGCUCCACCGCAUCAUGGAUCCCAUUUUCAAGACCAUGUCGCGCGGCACUGGUGACUGUGACUAUGCGCUCCGUAUGCGGUUCGACCGCCGGAUUAAAGAAGACCACACGGCUACCCGCCCAUUCACCGAUCUGCCACAAUUGCGCUUCGUACAGCGCUCCAGAAUCAAGAUCGUGCGCCAUUUCUCGACCGUUAAUUGCAUGCAGUGGGACGGAACCAUUUUCAACAUUUGUCCGCACUUGACCAUCAUGAGCCAGCACUUGUUCUCGGCCGACCCUCUCCCCCGACACUCUGGAUACCGAAAUGAUCCUCGCAAUCUGAAGACGAACAGAAAGAACUGCUACCGCCGCGCUCACUAUGCUCUAUAUACGACAGACCAGGGACUACUGCGGAUUGAGCCAUGCGUGCAGUACCACACAAUCCUCGACGAGGAAAAGGGCGCCUGCGCGCAGUGCUUGACCGACUACAAGGUCAGGGUCUGCGACAACAAUACGACACUCUAUGUGGAUGUUUGGCAGGACUUUGGCACCGAGUGCACUUAUAGAGAUGCCGAUGAAUGGCUCAUGCACAGCAGCCUCUUAUGGUAUCGGACCCAUAAUCCCAGCCUGUAUUCCCACCCCAGGGCAAACGGCCAUGACAAUGUUCGACAUCAGCCCGGCGCUGUCUGCAAGUUCUACCACCGAGGCGAGAAUGCAUGCCCUUGGGACCGUCCACAAACAGACCUUGCUCACAUUCAGCAGUUGCGUGUUCAAAAUGAGCCAAUGGUACUACUUUGGAGGACGAGCUGUGGACAGCACUCUCCGAGACUGUAG